AGAAAUCCUAGGCUCUAAGCAACCAAAAUAUUAGCUCAACCCCAGUCGCUGACACGUUCUUUUCUGCCUUGGAUUUCGCUUUCGAUCCCCUCUGAUUCUCUAAUUAGGUCGGACUUCAACCUCCUUUUGCGUCGGGUAUCCAUGCAAAACUGGAAUGUUUAGGCUGAAUGGGUGGUUUCACAGGUAGAAGGUCCUUUUUUUUGCGUCAAAUUUUCAAACCCAGAAUCAGACUUUGCAUGACUUCCUCUGUUUUUGCUUCAAACUGAAUAAAGAGAUUGAUGGAUUUAUUUCACGGGUUCCCGUACGAAGUUUUUGCUGCAAACCCACUUUAAUUGCAGAACCUGGGUUCUGUGAAAGGGGUUUUCUACCCAAAGAUGGUUCUUUUUGCUGGCUUUUUCUUGGCCUUUGUUUUCAGCCUGUGGCUCACUCUGUUUGGUUUCCUUAACAGAGCCGUCAUCAGACGUAAAAAAAGUAGUAGUUUUGAAAUUCUUUCACAAGAAAACAAUCUAAUUAAUUCAAAUCGCAUGGAGACAGAGUCAGAGUCAGAGGCAGCAUGUUCAAAAAAUUCUAGACAUGGGGAUACUGGGUAUGAUUCUUUUGCAUCCGCCAGUUCAGGUUGUUCUAGCAUUGAUUUCCAAGAAAUCAAUAAAAUUGAUUCGAAUCAUAUUGAAUCAGAUGGAAAGGCUAAGGUAGCAUAUUCUGAAUUUUUUGCAAAUAAGGACGUGGGGCACGAUGGUUUGGAUGAAAUAGAGCCAGAAACACCAAAAUUUGAGUUCAAAUUUCGGUUUCCGAGCUAUGAAGAAAUUGUUAGAUGCAAGAAAGGGAACGGUGACUCUGUCAGCUCCGAUAGCACCGCUCCCUCUACAAGCACCAGUAAGUAUGAGUUCUUAUCUGGGAAUACUUUUAGCCACUUUCUUGAGGAGCCAGAAGCUGUGAGCUUUACGGUGAAAGAAUUUUAUGCUGAUGAUGAUCAUUCGAUUGGCAGCAGCGAGAUUCUCGAUUAUUCCGCCUUGUCUGAAGGAGAUUCUAUGGAGCAAAAUUCAGUAGAAGAAGCUGUUCAUGAAGAAGUUUCUGAGACUGCUGAGGUGCCAGAGAAGAUAGAAGCUAAGGUAUCUGCUGAAGAUGCUCAUUCUGGGAGUGAACAAUUGGAGAAGUCAGAGAUUGAUUUGUUGGGUGAAGAAAAAAAUGGUGCUGUUGGAAGGAAGUUUCUUUCAGAGAAGGAUUUCAUCGCUUCAGAUUCCGAUUCGGAUUCUAUUUUUUCAAGCUCGGUUGUGAGUCAAUUAGUUGCUUCGACCAGCGAUGGAUUUUUGUCAGACAAAGAUUUUGAAGGUACGGAGGAUGGGGGGAAUGUGGAAUUAACAGGGGAAGACUUUGACUUGGAGGACAUGGAUUCGGAGAACUUGAGUAUUGGGUAUGAACCUGAAGAUUCUGAAGGAGAAGAUAGUGAUAUUCUAGAACAACUUCGAAAACUCGAAGAGUCUGAAAUGCAGAAUUCAGAUAAUCCAAACCCAGAGAAGUUUGAUGAGGAUGUUUUUCAUGAUAAAAGCAAUUCCAAAGAGGAAGAAUUUGGGGGAAAAGAUGAAAAACAAAUGGAUGGAAAACCCAAUCCAAAGAAUUCAUCGGAGUGGGAUACUGAGGAUUCAAACGGAUUGGAAACGCUGUGGGAACAUCAAGAUUUGAUUGAGCAGCUGAAGAUGGAGCUGAAAAAGGUCAGAGCCACAGGCCUUCCCACCAUUCUUGAGGAGUCUGAGUGUCCAAAGAUAAUUGAAGAUUUGAAGCCUUGGAAGAUUGACGAGAAGUUCCAGCAUGGAGAUCGAAUGAGUGAGCUUCACAGGUUCUACAAGAGUUACAGAGAACGAAUGCGGAAAUUCGAUAUCUUGAAUUACCAGAAGAUGUAUGCAAUAGGUUUUCUUGAGUCGAAGGACCCACUAAAAUCGUUUUCGAGCGGCAAAUCCUCGGCUCCAGCAAUCACAUCCAUUCUUUCGCAAAGCUUUUGGCUAAACAAACGCAAGAAAUCCGAAUUGGACCCAAUGAAGAAGUUCAUUAGAGAGUUGCAUAGUGAUUUGGAAGUUGUUUAUGUUGGGCAGCUGUGCCUUUCCUGGGAAAUCCUUUACUGGCAAUAUGAGAAGGCCUUAGAAUUAUAUGAGUCUGACCCAUGUGGACUACGUCCAUACAAUGAAGUUGCAGGUGAAUUUCAACAGUUUCAAGUGCUCUUGCAAAGAUUUAUAGAAAAUGAACCAUUUCAGGGGCCAAGGGUUGAAAAUUAUGUCAAGAAUCGAUGUACCAUGCGCAAUCUUCUUCAAGUGCCUGUAAUAAGAGGGGACAAAAGGAAAGGAAGAAGAGGAAGAGGUGAUGGUGCCAUUACAGUUGACAUGCUGAUAGAGAUCUUGGAAGAAUCAAUUCGAAUAAUUUGGCAAUUCAUCCGAGCCGAUAAAGAUGCAAGUACCGUGAUUCUGACAUGUCGGAAAGAUACUCAGGUUGCACUCCAAGACCCUGCAGAUUCAGUGCUUCUGUUGGAGGUUCGAACAGAUCUUCAAAAGAAAGAGAAGAAGCUCAGAGAAAUCUUGAGGAGUGGAGGCUGCAUGUUAAAGAGGUUCCAAAAGUGUCAAGAAGAAGGCAUAGAUCACCAUUUCUUCUUCUCUCAAGUGGACGUGAAAUUAGUGUCGAGGGUGUUAAACAUGUCUAGGAUUACAACCGACCAACUAGUCUGGUGUCGCAGUAAAUUAAAUCAGAUUCGUUUUGUGAACCGAAAGAUGCAAGUAGAAUCAUCCUUCUUGCUUUUUCCAUGUUGACCGCAUUCAGGGCACACAUGUACAUAAUAGAUAGAGGUCUCCAGUAACAAUUUUGGAAAAUUUUGGCUACUGCUAAUCUAUCUAAUUGCUA